AUGGGAGUGCUAAAUUUCAAGCAUUUCUCUUUUGGGAGCUUCAUUCUGUGCAAUGGAGUAUACCAGACAGUGUUCAUAUUGCUUCUGAUUCUGCGUUGCUUGAUUGCGGAUUUCAGGGCACCCCCUAUUCUCCCAAAUGUGACUUUCCUCUUGGCUUGGAAUGCCCCAACUGAAUUGUGUACAGGAAAGUUAAAUGAACCAUUAGAUAUGAGCCUCUUCUCUUUAAUAGGAAGCCCCCGAAAAAGUGAAACAGGGCAAAGUGUUACUAUAUUUUAUACUGAUAGACUUGGCUACUAUCCUUACAUAAAUCAUGCACAAAAGAGUGUGCAUGGGGGAAUCCCCCAGUUGGGGUCUUUACAAAAUCAUUUGGACAAAGCUGAGCAAGACAUUUUGCACUAUAUGCCCACAGACAAGUUAGGCUUGGCUGUCAUUGACUGGGAAGACUGGAGGCCAACGUGGGCAAGAAACUGGAAACCUAAGGAUAAUUACAAAAAUAAGUCUAUUGAGUUGGUUCAGCAACAGAAUAUAAACCUUAAUAUCACAGAAGCCACCAAGAUAGCCCAAGAAGAAUUUGAAACUGCAGGAAGGAAUUUUAUGGAAGAGACUUUAAAAUUGGGAAUUUCAGUUCGGCCAAAUCACUUAUGGGGUUAUUAUCUUUUCCCUGAUUGUUACAACCAUGACAAUCAAAAACCCAAUUACAAUGGACAGUGUCCUGAUAUAGAAAAGAAAAGAAAUGAUGGGCUCAAGUGGAUGUGGAAGGAAAGUACAGCCCUUUAUCCAUCCAUUUAUUUGAAGCAGGACUUAAGGUCAUCUCACCAAGCUGCACUCUUUGUCCGUAAUCGAGUGCAGGAAGCAAUAAGGAUGUCUGAAGUCCGUGAUGCUAAAAAUCCACUUCCAAUUUUUGUAUAUGUUCGCCUAGUUUUUACUGAUCUGACUACUGAAUUCCAUUCUGAGGUAGACCUUGUACAUACAGUUGGUGAAACCAUUGCUCUGGGUGCAUCUGGAAUUAUAAUAUGGGGAACACUUAAUUUAGCACGAACUCCC